GAAAACUGACGAUUUCUUUCUCCGUCGCCGUCCACCGAUCCCCACUACUCUGCAGUUUUGAAGCUUCGGUUCUGAGCUCUGUACAACACCACCGGAGCCUUUCAACUCUUGCUCCCUUUCCGUUCCUCGCCAGUUGACUGUCUUCAGGUGCUGCUUUUUAAGCCCUUCCAUUGACAUCCUGCAGCAAGUUAUGGGAGGCAGAGGAGUAAUUGGGGAUAAAUGGUCCAUGAGGAUACUCUGGUUAUGCGCAUUUGGAAGUGCAAUAAGUCUGUAUAUGGUUGUUGUGGAGAGGCAAAUGCAGAACAGGGAUCGGAUGUUGGCUGAAAGUCUAAACUCCACAGAUUCUGGCUCAGGCAGCGGAGAGGAAGUUUAAGUGAUAAACAUGAUAUUGAAACCACCCCCCCAAAAAAAUAAAAAUAAAUAAAAGGGAAUAUUUUCUUGAUAUUGUUUCCUGUUAAAACAUUGGCAAGCUUUUUGGUACUUACAUCUGAUCGAGGUGAUGUUCCUUUUUCUCUUUCCUCUUCGCCCUUUUUGGGCAGUUGGUAGGUUGUGACUCUGACCAUAAAAUGUAGUGACUGAUAUUCAGGAUAUAGUGUUCUCAAUCGAGAGAUCUUUUAAUUUCA